GAAUUCGUUGAGUUUUGGUUAAAAUCCAUACACGAGUAUUGUAGUUCUCCAGAUGAUCAGGGUCCACCAGUCCUGCUUGUAGGUACAUUUGCUGACAAAUUAAAUCAGGAAAAGAAAGAAGAUAUGAUAGAUGAAUUCUUCUACACACUGAGGAAAUCGCUUGUAGAUAAAGCCACAAACUGUCAUCUCACGGACAAAGAUUUUGCCAUAGACAAUUCUAUUGUUGAUAGAAAUAUUGAAAAGCUGCGACAACAUAUUUUUAAAGUAGCUUCAAGGCAAAGUUACUGGGGAGAAUUUAUUCCCGCAAAAUGGGUAACUCUUGAGAACAGUAUUGACAAUUUAAAAGACAACGGGGAAAAGGUUCUUCGAAAAUCUGAAUUCCGCGAUCUGAACGACCGUUUACCUGUUCCAUUAGAAACAGAGGAGGAACUAGAACUGUUUUUGAGAUUUCAUCAUGAAACUGGAAAUAUACUGUACUACAGGUUAAAUAUCUGUCCAUGUAUUUUGCCGUUAAAAAUUUUCAAUUUGGGACAUGGAAAGAACAUUUUUGAAAUUUUAUGAUCUAUCAACAAUAUCAAUUAAAAUUGAAAUUUUGACUUUGUUGAUGCCAAAAUAAAGAAAAAACCUAGU